AUGAACUGCAGCGAGGCGCUGCGCCUGCGGACCCUGCUCAGCCACCUGCUGCGGCACCUGCCCGGCGGGGCCAACGCCAGCCGCGGGGCCGCCGCGCCGGGGGCGGACGACGCCUACCUCUACAUCCUGCUCAUCAUGAUCUUCUACGGCUGCCUGGCGGGCGGGCUGAUCCUGGCCUACACCCGCUCCCGCAAGCUGGAGUCCAAGCACGACCCCUUCCACCUCUACAUCGAGCGCGACUGGAGCGGGCGGCACGAGGGCGCCGCGCCUCACGACGGGGCCGGCCUGGAGGGCGAGCAGCAGCUGCUGUGA